GGUAAGCGCUGUGGUUUGACGCUGUCUCGCCGCUCUCACGAUGAGCCGUAGCGGGGGCGUCCUCGGCUGCGGCCGGCGUCUUUCUGCGCUCGGGGUCUUGCCGCCCAAGGGUUCUCUAGCUGGCAUCAAGCGGCUUCUUUCCACAGCCGAGUUCAGACCUCGAAUAUGUAUUGUAGGCAGUGGACCAGCUGGAUUCUACACAGCACAACAUCUCCUGAAGCAUCACAAACAGACUCAGGUGGAUAUUUAUGAGAAGUUACCAGUUCCGUUUGGCUUGGUUCGUUUUGGAGUGGCUCCUGAUCACCCAGAAGUCAAGAACGUGAUCAACACAUUUACCCAGACAGCCCACUCCGACCGCUGCUCCUUUGCUGGAAAUGUGACUGUGGGGAGGGAUGUAACUGUGGAGGAGCUGCAGAAGGCCUAUCAUGCGGUAGUCUUGAGUUAUGGCGCAGAGGACAAUCGGACACUUGGAAUUCCUGGGGAGGACCUUGAAGGCGUCUACACGGCGAGAGCAUUUGUAGGAUGGUACAAUGGCUUGCCGGAGAACAGAAAUCUGAAGCCAGACUUGAACAGUGAGACAGCGGUCAUCCUAGGUCAUGGGAAUGUGGCAUUGGACAUUGCACGGAUUCUCCUAUCGCCUCUUGAGAUUCUUCGGAAAACUGACAUCACUGAAGAGUCCUUCUCUGCCUUGGCCAGCAGUAAAGUCAGACGGGUGUAUCUUAUUGGCAGAAGGGGUCCCCUCCAGGUGGCUUUCACCAUAAAGGAGCUGCGGGAAAUGAUCAACCUACCCAGUGUUAGACCUUUCCUGGAUCCUGCAGAUUUCAGAGAUCUUGGGGAUGCCAUUAAAGACAUCCCAAGACCAAAGAAACGCCUGAUGGAGCUGAUGACCAAGACAGCUUUGGAAGAACCACCUGAGGAAGUGGGUGGCUGCUGGGCUUCAGCAUCCAGAGAGUGGAGAUUGAAGUUUCUGCGCAGUCCAGUGGAAGUGUUACCCACCAUGGAUGGCAAGAGAGCAAGAGCGAUCCAGUUAGCUGUCAACAGGUUGGAAGGAGCAGGAGAUGCCAUGAAAGCAGUUCCCACUGGAGAAAUUGAGGAAUUAAGGUCUGGCCUGAUUUUUAGCAGCAUUGGAUACAAAAGCCUUCCAAUAGAUCCUGCAGUGCCCUUUGACAGCAAGCGAGGUGUUAUUCCCAACAAUUCAGGCAGAGUUCUUGGGGCACCAGGGCUCUAUUGCAGUGGCUGGGUAAAGAGGGGACCCACAGGUGUAAUCAUCACAACUAUGAAUGACAGCUUUGACACAGCCCAGUCUGUGCUAGAAGAUCUGCAGUCCGGUGUCUUGCAGCUCUCCAGUGGCAAGGAAGGCUUUGAUUUAGUGAGCCACAUCCUUCAAUCCCGAGGGGUUCACCCUGUUUCCUUUUCGGAUUGGGAGAAGAUUGAUGCUGUUGAAGUGGCAAGAGGCAAAUUGUCUGGAAAGACUCGGGAGAAAAUAGUCGAUCAGGAGGAAAUGAUAGAAUUGAUUGGACAAUGAGACUGGACUUGCUCAGGAUUAUCAACACAAUACUGCACAAUUUAAAGGUUGCAACAGAUUGUGCAAUCCCCUUUCGUUACUCUACAGAUAUGCCACCAACAUUAUCUGAUGGUUUUGAAUGUCUACAUUGGUUGAGGGUACCAAAAACUUGUUGCUGUCCAAAGCGAUGGAUUUCAUCUAUAGUCUGGUGCAUUCAUUGUGUUUUUCACUGCUAUUUUUGAUCUGGGAAGCUUUCCGUUACUCUGAAGAUGCUCUAAGCAGCUCCCAAAAAAGAGCAGUUCUCUUUUUAGCUUGAUCCCUGUAGAAAAGGAAAGGGGGAGCAGAUGAAGUCUUUUAGAGUUUCAUUUUCAGGGAUUUAUCAACUGGUGUAAGUGCCUUAUCUGCUUUUGCAAUGAUUUGAGGUUCCUUUUAUAGGCUAGAGUUGGGAUUGAGAGUGGUGGUCCUGCUCUGUUUUAUUCCCAUCUCAACUCCACAUAUACAAACCAGUUGAAGAAACUUCUGGAUAUGAUUUCCACCACAAUCCCUCUUGUCACUGCAUUUCUACUGGACUUUUGCCAUUAGAUCUGAUGCCAUGACAACCUUCGUAGAAGAGUCACAAUUGAAUUCGCACAGCAUUCCACAUGGGUUCGGCAGCCUUACAAAGGCUUGAAGAAAAUUAAAUAAAUGAAUACAAUUUGUAGGUUGCUUUGAACAUUCUGGAUGUAAAGGUGACAGUCAGUGUUACUCUAGAGGAAAGGGGGAGAUAAAUGUGGACUUCGUAAUCAUGAGGAUAAGUCAGAGAGGAAAGGCAAUAUCAGUCACUCUUCUUAUUAGCUCUGGAAUUCUUUCCUGCUCACAUCCUGACUUAGCUCUCCUAUUGUGUAUUGUAUAAUCAUUUUUAAAAAUAAAACUCUUUCUCAAAUGGUGAACCUG